AUGCACAGGACCACCAGGAUAAAGAUCACCGAGCUCAACCCCCACCUGAUGUGCGCCUUGUGCGGCGGCUACUUCAUAGACGCCACCACCAUCGUCGAGUGUCUGCACUCCUUCUGCAAAACCUGCAUCGUUCGCUACCUGGAGACGAACAAGUACUGCCCCAUGUGUGAUGUCCAAGUGCACAAAACCAGACCCCUCCUCAGCAUCAGGUCGGACAAAACCCUACAGGACAUAGUGUACAAACUGGUCCCGGGGCUUUUCAAAGAUGAGAUGAAGAGACGGCGCGACUUCUACGCAGCCUACCCCAUGGCAGAGGUUCCCAAUGGGUCCAACGAAGAUCGUGGGGAAGUCUCCGAGCAGGACAAGGGGAACCUGACAGACGACGAGAUCGUCAGCCUGUCCAUAGAGUUUUAUGAAGGGUCCAGAGAGGAGAAGAAAGGGACCGUCGAGAACGGGGACCUGGAGAAGGAGAAGAAGAACGGGGUGCGGUUCCUGCGCUGUCCCGCCGCGAUGACCGUCAUGCACCUGGCCAAGUUCCUCCGCAACAAGAUGGAUGUUCCCAGCAAGUACAAGGUGGAAGUCCUCUACGAAGACGAGCCCCUGAAGGAGUAUUACACCCUGAUGGACAUCGCCUACAUCUAUCCCUGGAGGAGGAACGGGCCCCUGCCGCUGAAAUACCGCGUCCAACCCGCCUGCAAGCGGCUCAAGCUGUCCCAGCCGGCCACCUCCGAGUGCAUCAACACCAGCGGCGCCUCCGAGUGCGAGUCGGUCAGCGACAAAGCCCACAGCCCUGCCACGCUGCCCGCCACCUCCUCCUCCCUGCCCAGCCCCGGCACCCCGUCCCACGGCUCGCCCAGCUCCACCGCCGGCAGCGGUCCCGCCGGUACCGGCACCGCGCUCAAUGGCACCUCGAACUGCCACCCGCUGCCGCCCGCCGCCAGCCGGUGCCGCAAAACGACUGUCAAUGGCAGCACGGCCUCCGCCUUGACCUAA